AGAGAGUUUGGGCCAUUGUGUGGUGAAAAGAAAACCAAAAGAUUUCGCAUCAUCAUCACUAAAUUGGUAUAAAUGUUAAACGACCAUCUAUGAAGGGUAUCACUCAGCUGCAGCAACUCUUCUAGUAAGCCACGCAAAAGCUUCUUCAAACACACACAGCCAACAUGAAAUUCAUCAUUGUUUUCGCCGCUCUCUUCGCCUUGGCUUUGGCCGCUCCCGCCGAAGAUGCUGUUGUCCUUAAGAGCGAAUCUGAAGUUGGUCCCGAAUCCUUCCAAUAUGCUUAUGCCACCAGCGAUGGCGUCGAAGCUGAAGCUCAAGGUCAAUUGAAGAAUGUCGGCUCUGAAGAUGAAGCUAUCUCCGUCAAGGGCUCUUACUCCUUCGUUGCUGAUGAUGGCCAAACCUACACCGUCAACUAUGUUGCCGAUGAAAACGGUUUCCAACCCCAAGGUGCCCAUUUGCCCGUUGCCCCUGAAGCCUAAGAUGU